AUGACGGGUAAAGGUGAAUAUGUUGGUGCUGGGUCUGAUAUUGAGUUCUGGGGGCCUUUGAGAAAUAGAACAAUUCGAGAUAGUUUUGAAGGCAUUUCAUGUCUUUCAAAACUUCUUGAAGACUUUUAUGAAUCAAAGGGAGAAGAAUGUAGCAUAAUUGAAGCAGCUAUACAAACUAGCCGCAAGACAUUUGUCAAUAGUGGUGUGAUUGACUCUGCGCUCAACCAAAAUUGUGUAAAGGAGGCACAUAACAUCAGAUUACAGAUUCAGGUUGAUGAGAACCACAACAUUGGGCAGAGCUACUCUCCAAUCUAUAAGGAUUUAUUUGGGAAGGUUAUUGUUUUCUUUGAGCACAAGCUCGACAACAAGAGAUGGCUGCUUGCUCUUGUCCAGGUAUAUGCCAUCCAUGAAACAAAUGGAAUUUCUGUCGUGACAAAUGUACCUGCAAAGUCAAAGGUUGUUCAUCUAGCUGAUAUAAAAGAGCUGUUUGGCUUGGUGGUGUCUACAGCCACUAAUGAAUGGUAUAUUGUCUGGCCAAAACUGAACCAUGAGCCAAAAUUGUUGCUUGGUUGUCAUGUAGACAUAUAA